AUGCCUGGAAUGAAAAAUACAUUGUACUGGGUUGUCCCAACAACGCUUUUAGGCGUCACUGCUUUUGCCAAGUCGAGACCAUCGGCUGUUGCCAGUCAACCGUUGUUAUUUGUGCCUUCUGGUAAGGCCGAAUUUGACUCUGGAAACCUAGAACGGAUUCGUCAGGAUUGGAAAAUCCGCAAUAAAGGUCUCGGUUUACGGGAUGUAAGUCGAAGCGGUGGCGGUGUGUAA